GUCAUUUCUGAAGAAGCCCACAUAACGGUACAACUCACCUAAUACGUCACCGUAUCGCCCCUCCCACUGCCCACCUGAAAAUUUUCCGGCGAUUUUACGACUCUCAUACACUUUUUCUUGAUUCUCUGUAUCAGAUAUUUUGUCCACCAAAAUCCACAUAUUUGUCAUGCUUUUUUGAAUCCACAAUAGCCCUUCAAACAAUUUUUGAAUCGACUCUGUAAAUAUUACAGCACACAGGCUGUACAGAUUAUAGUUAAUUAGAUUCUUCUCAGAGACCCUAAUGUUUCCAAUAUAAAAGAUUGAGGUUUGGAUUUUUUUUUGGUACUCUUAAAUCAAACCCUCAAUUUCCGAAGGCAGAUUUCAAUCAUUUCUCAAUCGAUGUCGAUGGUGGAUCAAGAAGCGGAGGACUUGAAAAUGGCGCUGAAACUCAGCAUGCAGGACCGCGAGUCGCCGGAGCUGAAGAGGGGCGAGUCGCGGGAGGCUUUCGUCGACGGAGGGGAGGCGCCGCCGGUGAAAGAGGAGUUGAUGGAGGUGGAGAGCCGCCGGACGCAGCGGGAGUUAAUGGCCGCCGCUGCGGAGAAGCGGAUGGCUGAGGUGAAGAGCGUCAGGAAUUCGAAGAAUGCGGAGAAUGAGGGUUUAGAGGGUGUUAAGGAAGGUGCUGACAACAGCGGGAAGUCUGAGGUGGAGUUGUCCAUGGCGGAGGCCGAGAAGCUUUUCCAGAUGAUUUUUGGGGAAAGGGUUUGUGAAAAUGUGCUCGGACAAUGGAGCAAUCAGGGCAUUAGGUUUAGCGAUGAUCCAGAAACAUCGAUGGGCUUGGUACAGCAUGAAGGAGGACCCUGUGGUGUAUUAGCAGCCAUACAGGGUUUUGUACUCAAAGACCUUCUCUUUUCUCCAGAGGAGUCUAAAAAUCCCGUGCCUAAUGAUCUAUCAAAUGUGGCUACGACAAAGUUGUCCAAGAAUGACUCUAUAGGAUCAGAUAUAUUCUCGUCUCUUUCGGAGGAAAAGAAGUCACGAGCCUUGGUGAGGAGUAUGAGUGAUGUACUCUUUCUAUGUGGAAGUAAUGAAGCAGCUGCUGUAGCAUAUUUGAAUAUUCCUUUGUCUGAAUUUUCGGAGUCUGCAAAUGGGCCAUCAGAUGAGGCGAGUUCUGUUAUUUUCCCAUUCCCAGGGUCUACAUUUAUCUGCAGUCUCUUAUAUCAUCUUCAUGUCAUUUUGAAGGCACUUGAAGGUGUUUCAGUCGAAACUGGAUCCGACUUGCAGAAGAUUCUAAGAGUCUAUACAUGCACAUCUCGUUCAAGUUUGAUCCAGAAGCUUGAAGAAUUGCUUCCUGUUUUCAGAAGCCGCAUGGGAGCAUUGCUCUUUCUGAUAUCUGCAUUGUUGUCUCGAGGACUGGAUGCUGUUCUAGAGGACAUGGAUGACCCAACUCAACCUUUAGUCACAGCUCCUUUUGGGCAUGCUUCCCAGGAAAUAGUGAACCUACUACUCUCCGGAAAAGCAGUCGCCAAUGUGUUCGACGGGAGUAUCGACCUCGGCGAGGGCAUGUUCGUAAAAGGCAUCUCGACUCCAGUCGAGGUCGGUUUCCUCACCCUACUCGAGUCCCUCAACUACUGCAAAGUCGGCCAAAACCUCAAAUCCCCAAAACGCCCCAUAUGGGUAGUCGGGAGCGAAUCCCACUACACGGUCCUUUUCGCGCCCGACUCCCGAGUCCAAGACGAGAACGAGCUCGAGCAACGCGAGUCCGAGAUUCGACAUGCCUUCGACUCCCAUGACUCGAGCGGAGGCGGCGGGUUCGUGAGCUCCGAGGGGUUCCGACACGUCAUCACCGGGACGGGCAUCCGUUUCCCGCCCGAGAAAGUCGAGAGCCUCUGCAGUUCGGAUUUCGUGGUGUGGAGUGAUUUUUGGCGGGCGAUUCUGGAAUUGGACCGGAGUUUGGGGGGAAUGAAGGACGAUUCGGAUGGGUCGACUGGGGAGAAGGUUUUCGAUCUCUAUCAUUUUAAUGGAAUUGCGAAAUCGGUUUUGGGUGGUGGGAAUGAAGCGGGUCCUGUACUUCAGAGGCCCACGCUUGUUAAAGUGAGGGUUUCGGUUCCUCCGAGGUGGGCCCCAGAGGAGCUUGUGGUGGCUGGGCCGCGUGGGCCGGAUGUUGAUGACUUGAACGUGAUAGACAACUCGAUCCGGUUGGCUGAGGGCCCGAUUGCUGCUCCGGGGCCCGUUGGUCAGCAUGGGCCGUUGGUGGAUUGCAUUNCUGUAGAUUUUUCUGUAUAA